AGCUCCAUUAAUUAUCAACCCCAUUCAAAUUUCUUCUAAUGUUCAAAAAACCUCGUAAACAACAAGAAACCAAUAUGGACGAGACCAUUUCCUUAAUUCUUCAUGGGUGCAAGUUAGCUAAAGAUCUUGAAUUAAACCUAGAAAACUUAGCCAGCCAGCCAGAGAUAUUUUCCAAGUCAUGUGAAGAUAUCAUUAGGGUUUUUAUUAAUGCUAGGGAAAGGCUAAAUGUUCAUCAACAAGACACCGCUUCAUAUACUCAUCACAUGUUGUUUCGUGAGCCACAGGAAUUACAGCAACAACAGAAUAUUGAUCCUAGCCUCCAGGAAUGGCUAAGGACUAGUUGCCCAUCAGCUAUGGAGACGUUGUUUCAUCAAUCACAGGUCCUUGGUGCUGAGAAGACGCAAAUGGGGUCAGGAGACUUUAUUAUUGAAUUAGGUAGUAGAUCAGAUCACGUUCAAGCAAUAGAUGCAUCAGAUCCUGGCAGAGGUUCUUCAUCAUCGUGUCAAAGACCGCGAAGAAGGAAGGAUGAUGCCGAAAGACGGACAGUGAGGGUACCUGCUCAGCAGUUUGGCAAUACUGAGAUCCCACCAGAAGAUGGCUUCACUUGGAGGAAAUAUGGACAGAAAGAGAUACUUGGUUCAAGGUUCCCGAGGGCUUACUACAGGUGCACCCACCAAAAGCUGUACCAUUGCCUAGCCAAGAAACAAGUUCAGCGACUUGAUGACGAUCCCUACACAUUCGAGGUGGCGUACCGUGGCGAGCACACUUGCCACAUGUCUGCGACGGCACCAUCAGUUCCACCACCAGCAACAGAUAUUGCACAAGAGAUGGCCCAAAAUAUGAGUGCUCCGCCUCAGCCAUCUGCAGCAACUUCUCUAGCUAGAUGGCUGGAAUUUAGUCUGGGUUCUGGAGGUAGCGCUGGUUGCAGCAGUAGCAGCAUGGCUGCAGGUGCUGGUAGUGGUGGUGAAGGUCCCUCCACCGCUGGUCGAUACAGUAAAGAAGCUGACUACCCUAUAAUAGAUAUGGCUGAUGCCAUGUUUAAUUCCGGCAGCAGUAGCACCAAUAGCAUGGAGUUUAUUUUCCCUUCCAUAUUGGAAGAAAAAUGGGAUCAGGCAAGCGAUAAAAAACCUUGAGUGUGCUAGUUAAAUUAGUACUUAGAAUAAGUGAAUUUCUUGUCUCUUUUGUGGGGGGAUAUAUUUCAACUCUAUAAUUAAGCCAGUGAAAAUUACUUUCAUAGGUCAUUCUCAAUUCAUUAAUUAAGGCAUCGCUUUG